AAUUCCAUACACAAACUCAACUGUUACUAUGGCAACAACAACUAAAUAACCGUAUUCAAAGUACAAAUGAAUCAGUUAGCCAAUAUGCAGCUGAUAUCCGCUCAUUACUUCAUAAAAUUGACCCAGACAAUACCUAUCCAACUCAAUAUAAAAUUCGUGAAUUUACCAAAGGUCUCAAUCCACAAUAUGCCUUUUUCAUUAAUUUGCACCAAUCUGAAACAUUUGAGAAAGCUAUUUCUAUUGCUAUUAAAACAGAAACUGGAUUCAAAACCACUUAUAACAAUCCAUUUACAUUGGCAAUCUCAACUAUACUAAUUGACUAA